UGCGAACAUAAGUUCUAUCUUUUGGAUUUUGUGAGUAAAUAGAGAUACUUCAAGCUUCUAUGGAUCGGUGGUCAGCCAGUUGGAUAUUGGCCCUUGUGGUAAUCCUUUCCGGGGCUCUUGCCCAGGUGAUGGAACCUCAGAAAGAAUUAUCUAACGUAACCAGCAGUCAUCAGGGAGAAGAUGUUAGUCCAAAGCUACCCAGCGAAGUGCAAAAGGCUGUGUGCACUGUAACUGCCGGCGAAGUGAAGGCUUCCGCCGAGGCUGUCACUACAAAGACUUUAAAAGGCGUGUGUGGAUCAGACGAAAUGAACCUGGCAUUCCGUAAUCUGGAGAGCAAACUCUACGAGGAGCUUCGUGUCAUGAAACUUAUACUGGUGCAUUUGGCCAAGUCGAGUGGCUUAAAAGUGAAUACAGCUCUUCCAACCCCUGUGCCUGAUUCACCGCGAACCUCAUCAACCACGAGUCCCUCCCCACUAACUUUCUUUAGGCCAAUAGAGCCAGCUCCCAGCAGUUUUCCAUCCGAAGAGGAGAACGAAGUCACGACCGAUCUGGGUACUAAGAAGAUGCCAAUGCUGAAGGAUUUGGAGACACAGGGCAACUCGGAUCUGGGUGCUCGGGAUGAUGAGGUCGAUAAAUUUAACAACACCAUGCUGGCCGAUCAGAAUGUCAAGCUUUUUACCUACUAUUGGAAGUUGGAGAACGUUACACAGCGUAUCAAUGGCCCCAAGUUGGAGACGGUCAAAAGUCCAAUAUUUAGCAUUAAGGGGAAAUCUCUGCAACUCAAGUGCACCUUCCACCACAUGAAUCGCGAACUGUUGAAUCUGCAACUGGGCUUCGGUGUGUUUUCUCCGGAAGCCAACAAUAUAAUGUUGGAAAUGGGAGGCAUUUUCCAGAAGUUCAAGUGGGCGGAGGAUGUUUUGCUGAAGCAUAAGAUUUCCAUACUGGAUCAGAACCACAGCCACCGAAGGUCGCAGGACCUUAGUUCCCAGGAGCUGACGAAACUAGACACUGGUUUCUCCAUACCAAACAGUGUGCUCCUGGACAGCAGCACGUACAUCAAACAGGACGCUCUCCUCAUACAGAUUCUGUUAUAUUUGUGAAUAUGACGGAACAACGUUUGCAAUUAAAAUGAGAGACCAAAACCAUGUGCUAAUUCGUUAGUUA